AUGGCAACUCUGGCCGAGCAAGCGUCUAAAUUAUUAGACUUUAAUCAGAAACUGGAUAUAACGCUGCUUGACAACAUAGUAGGAUGUAUGUAUACUGGAAUAGGCGAGCAACAGAGAGUCGCCCAAGAAGUGUUAACAACACUCAAGGAGCAUCCAAAUGCCUGGACACGGGUAGACACCAUUCUAGAAUAUUCACAGAAUCAACAAACAAAAUACUACGGCUUGCAAAUAUUGGAGCAAGUUAUAAAGACGCGAUGGAAAGUAUUACCAAGAAAUCAGUGCGAAGGUAUAAAGAAAUACAUUGUAGGCCUUAUCAUAAAGACGAGUAGCGAUCCAGAGACGAUGGAAGCUUCCAAAGUUUAUCUUAACAAACUUAAUAUGAUCCUUGUACAAGUACUAAAACGUGAGUGGCCAAAAAAUUGGGAGUCCUUUAUCAGUGACAUUGUUGGCGCGAGUAAAACUAACGAGAGUCUUUGUCAAAACAAUAUGGCUAUCUUGAAACUCUUGUCGGAGGAAGUGUUUGACUUCUCCAGUGGUCAACUCACUCAGACAAAGGCGAAACACUUAAAGGACACAAUGUGCAGCGAAUUUUCACAGAUAUUUCAGCUUUGCCAAUUUGUGAUGGACAAUUCACAGAAUGUUCCAUUGGUAGCAGUCACGUUGGAGACGCUACUAAGGUUUUUAAACUGGAUUCCUCUUGGUUAUAUUUUUGAAACCAAAUUGAUAACUACUUUAAUAUUCAAGUUUUUGAACGUACCAAUAUUUCGGAACGUUACUCUAAAGUGUCUGACUGAGAUCGCGGCAGUGACCGCCACUGUGCCGAAUUACGAUGAUAUGUUCGUUAUAUUAUUUAUCAAUACAAUGCAGCAAUUGGAGCUAAUGCUUCCAUUGGAAACUAACAUACGUGAGGCAUACGCGGCUGGUCAAGACCAAGAGCAAAAUUUUAUUCAGAAUCUAGCUAUGUUUCUUUGCACUUACUUGAAAGAUCAUGGCGAGUUAAUAGAAAAGAAACAAUUGAACGAAACAUUAGUGAAGGCAUUACAUUACCUCGUUCUUAUCUCAGAGGUUGACGAAGUUGAAAUCUUCAAAAUCUGUUUAGAAUAUUGGAACGGAUUGGCGGCCGAGCUAUACAAAGAGAGUCCUUUUGUAACCUCGUCAUCACUUUUUAUGUCUAAGAACAUGACAGUUCCGCCUCGAAGAUUAUUUUAUGGUCAAGUUUUGACAAAAGUACGUUAUAUUAUGAUCAGCAGAAUGGCGAAGCCCGAAGAGGUGCUUGUUGUGGAAAAUGAAAAUGGCGAGGUUGUUAGGGAGUUUAUGAAAGAUACCGAUUCUAUUAAUCUCUAUAAAAACAUGAGAGAAACUCUUGUGUAUCUCACUCAUCUUGAUUAUUUGGAUACGGAAAGAGUAAUGACGGAAAAGCUGCAAAAUCAAGUUAACGGUUCAGAAUGGUCUUGGAAGAAUCUCAAUACGUUGUGUUGGGCAAUAGGCAGUAUUUCCGGUGCUAUGCAUGAGGAGGAUGAAAAACGUUUUUUAGUGACCGUAAUUAAGGAUUUACUUGGUCUGUGUGAACAAAAAAAAGGAAAAGAUAAUAAAGCUAUAAUCGCCAGCAAUAUCAUGUACGUUGUUGGUCAAUAUCCACGGUUUCUCCGAGCCCAUUGGAAAUUUUUAAAGACUGUUGUAAAUAAACUUUUUGAGUUUAUGCAUGAAACGCACGAUGGAGUGCAAGAUAUGGCCUGCGAUACUUUUAUUAAAAUAGCACUGAAAUGCAGACGACAUUUUGUUACUGUACAAAUAGGGGAAGCGAUGCCAUUCAUUGAAGAAAUUCUUUCUACAAUUAGCACAAUCAUAUGCGAUCUUCAAACACAACAAGUACAUACAUUCUAUGAAGCAGUUGGCUAUAUGAUAAGUGCUCAAGCUGAUGCCGUAGUGCAGGAACAGUUAAUCGAAAAAUACAUGCUUCUUCCUAAUCAAGUUUGGGAUGACAUUAUAAGUCAAGCGUCUAAGAAUGUAGAUGUUUUGAAGGACCAAGAAGCUGUGAAACAACUCGCCAGCAUCUUAAAAACAAAUGUUAGAGCUUGUAAAGCUCUUGGGCAUCCGUACGUGAUACAGUUAGGGAAAAUAUACUUAGAUAUGUUGAAUGUUUAUAAGGUUAUGAGUGAAAAUAUAAGUGCUGCGAUAGCUGUAAAUGGUGAAAUAGUAAUGAAACAACCUUUAAUUAAGAGUAUGAGAGUAGUGAAAAAGGAAACGUUAAAAUUGAUAUCGGAUUGGGUGAGCAGGACAAAUGAUCAUCAAAUGGUAUUGGAAAACUUUAUACCGCCGUUAUUGGACGCUGUUUUAUUGGAUUAUCAAAAGACGAAUGUUCAUUGCGCUAGAGAACCCGAAGUGCUUAGUGCUAUGGCCACUAUAGUAAAUAAAUUGGAAGCCCAUAUCACUAGCGAGGUGCCCAAAAUAUUUGAUGCAGUAUUUGAAUGUACUUUAGAAAUGAUAAACAAAGACUUUGAAGAAUUUCCCGAACACAGAACAAACUUUUUCCUUCUCUUACAAGCGGUAAAUAUUCAUUGUUUCCCUGCAUUUCUUUCAAUUCCACCGGAACAAUUUAAACUGGUACUUGACUCGAUUAUUUGGGCUUUUAAACACACGAUGAGAAACGUAGCCGAUACAGGAUUACAAAUUCUUUAUCAACUUUUAUUAAAUAUUGAACAGCAUGAGCAGGCGGGUCAAAGUUUUUAUCAAACAUAUUUUACGGAUAUUCUGCAACAUGUAUUCAGUGUUGUCACAGAUACAUCACAUACCGCAGGCCUGACUAUGCACGCAACUAUUCUUGCUUAUAUGUUUACACUGAUUGAACGUGGGAAAAUUCAGGUGCCACUCGGCCCUGUGCCUGAUAAUACUUUAUAUAUACAAGAAUUCGUUGCAAGAUUGCUUAAGGCAGCUUUUCCGCAUUUAACCGAUAAUCAGAUUAAAAUAACUGUACAAGGUUUGUUCCACCUCAAUCAAGAUAUCACCGCAUUCAAGGAACACCUUAGAGAUUUUCUUGUGCAAAUCAAAGAGUAUACGGGUGAAGACGAUUCCGAGCUUUACCUGGAGGAGCGAGAAACGGCUUUACGGCUAGCCCAAGAAGAGAAGAGGCGGCAGCAAAUGGCGGUACCAGGCAUUAUUAAUCCUCACGAUAUACCGGAAGAGAUGCAGGACUGAAUUUAAUCGUAUAGUCCUCAUCUAUCGUUUUCUGCACAUCCGAAUGUGAAACACUCUGUUAAAGUAAUUAUUGUAUCCUUUGAGCUGUAAUUAUCCCUGCGACAUCAUCAUAAAAAAAAUAGUCGAAUAUCGGACUUAUUGAAACUGUGAGUCUGCAAAAAAGAAAAACUACACCCUUGUUAAGGAGGUAAGCCCGAAACGUGGUGACUGUUUGUUUGUUAUAGGAUUCUAAAAAAAAAAAAUUCGAGUUUCUGUUAUGAAUAAUGAGACAAUUGCCUGCUAGCGAUGCUAUUUCAUGUAAUGAAAUAAUAAAAAAUUGCUUUUUUCGAAGAAAGUCGAUUGUCUAUAAGAGACGAUAUCUUUAGGAUAACAAUUUUCACAGAUUAAUUCCCAGUUAAUUAGAAUUAUAAAAAAACGGUGGAUAUAGCAAAAGUUACAUUACUAGUUUUCAGAAUAUCCUCGAAUGAAUCGAUAUAUAUGAAUAUAUAUUUCGAUAUAUUUUCUCUGUACAAAAUUUUCCAUGAAACUUAUGCCACUACAGUUUCGUUUUAGCAUUUCCGUGCGAAAAUUAAAGGAGAAAAAAAAAUGCUAUAGUCCACAGAAUCGUUUUGUGCGCUCCAUCGGUCAUUUAAAAUUUCUUGUCGAAUGAAUACAAAUAUGUAUGUAUGUAUGUAAGCUUAUUUGUGAUAGCUUAUACUAAUGUAUUGAUACACGAAUUUGUUAUAAUAUAAAUAAUACAAAGAAAAGUUUUUUUCUUGUUCCAUAUUUUUCAUUCAGUGAAACGAUACAUUCAUUCAUACCGAAAGAACACUUAUUAUUAUUAUUAUUAUUAUUAUUAUUAUUAUUAUUAUUAUUACCACCACCACCACCACCACCACCACUACUACUACUACUACUACUACUACUACUACUACUACUACUUCUACUACUAUUACUACUACUAUUACUAUUACUAUUCUUCAGUAAUAAUGCUGACAAAGCGAUUUCUUUUUCUGAAAGGUAAAAUAAAUGGAACAUUUACAGUGAGUGAGUGAGUGAGAGAGAGAGAGAGAGAGAGAGAAAUGCGCGCGCGGGUGAUAAAACUUACAUCUAUUAGGAUGUGAAUGCGCAGAUUUAGUAUAUCUAACAGAGAUCCGAAUAAUUCAAAGCCAUGUAAAGAAAAAAAUUAUAUAAAUAUAUAUAAAACAGCGACCUAUUUAACUUGUUAGAUGAUUAAUGCAUUUAUUUGAUAUAUAUAAUAGGAUUUCAAUGAAUACUUGGUAAAUUUAUAGUGUAUUUUGUCGGGCGUGAGUGAAUAGGAAAAAUCCUUUCUAAUAGUUCAUGCGUGAGAUGAGAAUUGUGUAUAAGGUACUAUAUUGGGUUUGACCGAUAUAAAGGAUAAUUCUUACUGCAAUGGAUCAUAUAAAUGAUAAUCGUAUGUAUGUUUAAAUCAGUGUAGAGCUUUAAAGUGUAAUAUGUCGAUAUUAUACUUAUAUGCAGCGUAGGAGGGGAGAAGAGGUGAUCGAGAUAUUUUGUGAAUAAUUUGCAUAAAAUAGUAUCGUCGCAAGCAGGUUCUGACAGAUGUGUACGUGAAAAGCGCGUGUUUUUAUCUGACGAUCAAUGAACGAAGUUGUAAAAUAAUAUCAUUAUUACUAUUAUUAUGAGCCAUACAAUGGAUACUUGUAAAUUAAAACAAAAAGAAAAUGAUCGCAACACGGUAUGUUUAGCACUUAUUUAGGUACUCCAUCCUCUAUCUUGAUAUUUGUGUUGUGGAAUAUUUUAGCGAGUUUACAAAGGAAAGAAUUACUCGAGGAAUCUUCCUAUCCGAAGAUUUAGUGUAUUACAUCGAGAGGAGAAUCGAGUUUUUUAAAUAUACAUUCUGUUUUUACGAAUCAUACUGUCGUAUCGUUACUCAUAUGCGGCAUUCUUUGAGAUUGAACAACAAAUUUAAAUAAACGAAUUUGAUUCAUUGUA